GGCGGCGGCGGCGGCGGCGGCCGUCGAUGUCGAAGGCGUCCCGGCGUGCGUGUAUUCGUGUGAACCUUGAUAACGACAAGUGCUGCGUGCGUGGUGUGUCGUACCGUGUCCGUCAUGUUGGACAGAGAUAUGGCGAUGCAUGGCAUGGCAUGGCACAGCAGAGCAAGGGCCGGCGAGCAGCCGCGAGACGCUUGCUGCUUAAGGGUCCGCGUCGGGCGAAAGGGGGGGGGUCUCAUUUGAGGCUGCUCCCUCGCGCUUCGCUGGCUGGGCGCUACGGCGCAGUGCGACGUUCGUCGCCGCCAUGCCGGCACCCAGAACGUACAGCAGCAGCAGCAGCAGCAGCAGGCGCGCGCGUUUUGCCAUGGCUAUCUCCAUGACCCUGGCCGAACGCUUCUGCCCAGGCAUCAGCUUCCAUUUGCCAUCUCCAUGUUCUCGUAUCUUCUAUCCAGGUAUCCCAUUCCCACCCCAUACCUAUCCAUGUUCAUGCGAACAUAUACAUCAUCAUCAGGGAUCCACCGGGUGCAACCUGCUUCGCAAAGAGGCGUUGCGGCGAGAAAUUCUACGGUUGGGUGGACGCAGGGUGUGCAUGGUCCGAAGAGACGCGAAUGGGCGAGGACGAGAGCGGAUACCAGGAGAGGGGAAGCCCUUGACGAUCAAUGACCACAUGCUAUGUCGACGACAAGAAUGUUGGAACGGGGGACAACAGGCGUCAGCUCUCCUAGCGAGCAGGUUAUAUGCAGCCCAAGAGUGGUUCCCCCGAGACGGAGGAGGGAGGCUGACAGUGCAUCGGCGGCGGCGGCGGCGGUAGCGAAGCUGGGCGCGGACCCGAUGUUGCCGUGACGGGAUCUCAUGUAGACGGGUGGAGUGAGAGCCCACCGGCAUGGUGUACGUACAUGUGGAAAACGGAUGAAAUGUACGGCAUGGCGAAGUGUGCUUGGGUUUGGUGGAUUGGCGGGAGAGACCGAACUCGCGCGCCGAUGGGGAAGACGGAAGGGGGACCUUGUAAUGCCAGGGUGCUUCGAUCAAAACGCCUCCUUCUCCUCCCCUCCCCCUACCGCAUACUGAGUGGCUGCGCGAUUGAACCGCCCAAGGGCUUGGCGGACGAGACCUCCCAAGAUAACGAUGGGGCGAGGUGGAGGGAAAUCUGUGAGCUGCGGGUUGUCAUAGAUUCGACGAGAGAUACAGACACGCAUGCCCGCAUACGGGUCUGACAGGCUAGUGUGUGUGUGUGGGUGUGUGUGUGUGUGUAUCUGAAGUGGUGGAUGGUGGAGAGGCGGGG